AUGUCGCCAGCCGAGCAAGCCACGCCAAAGUGCCACGCGCGGGCCGCCGUCGGCCGCCGGGCAAACACUUUGCGGUUGGUGUUGAGAAAGCUCUGCGGGGAUAUCAAAGACGGAGAUCAGCGCCCGAACCCGCCAGACCAAGAACAAGCCCAGCAGCCGCCUGCCGCAGAAGCAGCUCCAGAAAACGUUGCGCUACAGCCGGAUGAUCAUGAGGAUCCGUUGACUCGGUUGCCGAAUGAGAGUCUAGACAUACACAAUAUGCGCACUGGGAAUGGCUCGAAUGGCGCCUGUUCUGGCCCUACGCAAGAGCGUGCCCUCCGCAGACGCAAAAAGCCCCCUAACCCCUUCAGGAACAGCUCUCUAAACGCCUCUACCAACAACACUCCCCACGGCGCAAUGGGCCAACCCAACGCACACAGCCCCUCCGGCGCCGGCCAUACUUCAGGGCGGAUCCUCGACCAAACACACGCCGAACACCCACCAGCAACCCGCACACUGCCUGUGCUUUCUCCUCCGUCCUGCUUCGAGGAAGCCCACCCCCUUGACGCCGGAGCCACAGACCCCAUCGACGACUCCGCCCUGCCCCCGUACGUCCGCAGCGACUUGAUGCCCACGCCAACCACCUACCAUACCCCAACACCCCCGACGCAAUCUCCAGGAGCCAGCUACCAAGCCCACCCCCUUACAGCUGCGACGACUGUUACAAGGGCAACCCCAUCCCCCCCAUACAUCACUCCCCCAACCCACCACGACGCCAACCACCACCACAACAACCACAACAACCCACCGCCCUUUCACCCCCCAUCCCACACAAACCUCCAAUACACAUCCAUGCGCCUCGCCCUCAUCACCGACAUCGUGCAGCUCACCCCCAACGGCACCGGCGUGCGUGUGACCAACCGCCGCGAGGCGCUGCAGCGGGCGCCGGAGGCGUUGGGUCCUGUCUAG